CGGGAUUUUUUUGUCGGGUAUUAACAUCCCCACACCGUUGUCAUUGUAAAAAGCGUGGCCUGAGAGGAUGUGCUAGCAAUUUAAGCGGCGUCUACUCUGACAAUAUUAACGCCUAUUAGUUGCACCUCACUUUUAUAUAUAGGCUGGGAAAACUGACCCAGCAAAAUGCAAAGGCGCGGGGCCAAGCAAUGAGAGUAAAAAUAGACUCCUUGGACUGGUCUGAAAAUUCUGUCCAUGCAGUCGUGGGAUUGGUCUGAUUGACAAGAGCAUAUUGAUCGGACUAACAGCACAUCUUUUUUUUAACGUUCAGUUUUUACUACGGGAAGACAAAGGAAGAUCGGCAACCGUGUUUUGAAUGGACUAUUACGGGGCAGCAAAGUUAAGCCUUUGCCAAACAAUUUCCACAAGAGGGAGAAGAAGAAAGAGAGGAACAGCGCGACAGUGAGGGGGAGAGAAGAAGGCGGAGGGGGGCACUUUUUCUGCUUGAAAAAGAAUUCAUUCACUAUGAUGUCGACUGAAGAAGAGUGAAGACGUCUUAUUGCCAGUGUCUGAUGAAAGCAACAAUUAACGUUUAUUACUUUUAAGUUCUUUUUCUGUAAGAUUUUUUAAAUUAUAUAUAUUUUUUAGAUUCAUAUUGCUGCGAAAGGCAAAUUAAGGAGCAUGGAGCAGAACUCGACUGCGGGCGGAGCAGAAGAGCCGCGCCAUGAGACUUACCUACCCAGCCCGGAGAACACAAUAGAGCAAAAUCAGGAGCCAUCAACGGAGGAGGAAUCCGACGAGGAGAUGUAUGAAGACAAAAUGCCAAGGAAAACAUGGGGAGAAGUCAUGUCAGAUCUGAAAAUGUUUUGCUGGAAUCCUGAAACAGGGGAAUUUAUGGGCCGAUCUGCCAAAAGCUGGGCUCUCAUCAUCCUGUUCUACUUGGUGCUCUACGCGUUCCUGGCUGCAAUGUUUUCUGUCUGUAUGUAUGCUUUGCUGUUGACCAUCAGCCCAUACAAGCCCACCUACAGGGAGAGGGUGGUCCCUCCAGGAGUGAUGAUCUCUCCCUGCGUGGAAGGCUUUGACAUUGCCUUUAAUGCUUCUGAUUCCGAAUCCUGGAAAAAGUACAAGGAGGCACUGGAUUAUUACCUCAAUCCCUAUGACGAUGACAUCCAAGAAAAAAAGAACUUACUUUGCAACGGUGAAAAUUAUAUCAUGCGAGAUGGAGCAGAGGAUGCUGUGAGGACUGCCUGCCAGUUCAAAAGGUCUCUUUUGGGAAACUGUUCAGGGAUUGUGGAUCCAUCCUUCGGCUAUUCUGAGGGGAAGCCAUGCAUUCUCAUGAAAAUGAACAGGAUAGUUGGCUACUUGCCUGGCGAUGGAACUGCUGUUUCAGUGAGCUGUGAAGUGCAGAAAGGGGAGCAAGAAGACCUUGGACCUCCUUCAUUUUACCCGAGUAACUCUUUCAGCUUGAAGUAUUACCCGUAUUACGGCAAACUGGUUCACGUCAACUACACAUCUCCUUUGGUGGCGAUUCAGUUUGCCGAAGUGAAGAAGGACGUCCUGCUCACUGUGCAGUGCAAACUCAACGGGUCGGGGAUCAUCAAUGACUCGCCGCACGAUCGGUUCCUUGGAAGAAUCACUUUCACACUUCUGGUGGGUGCAUAGCACCACAGCAGCUGGCACAAGACCGAAGCAAGGCAUCGCUGGGUAGCUGUGUGCAGUGCACCAUGGUACACGUUUGCUGAAAUGAAGGGUACAAUCCUUUGAUACAUGACUACCGUGCUGCACUGGAGAAGUGAAUAAAGUCAGAGUAACCAUACUUUUUUUUAGCUUUUCUCAACAGUGUUUUAUAUAGACAUACAAAAAAGCUAUAAAUUAAUAACUGUAACACUCAAAAAAUAGAUAAAAUUGUUGCAUAAAUAAUCAAAGUCUAUAGAAAAAUGGAUAACAGCACAUCCGGCUGAACUAAUAUACACUGACCUGAAUGUGUACCUAUAUUCUAAUUUGUUGAAAGAGGUCAAAAUAUAUCCUGUUUUGCCAAAAAAAGAAUUUUAAUUCUGUACGCAAUAAAUUAAGUACAGAAAAAUAUGGAAUUGGUAAAAGACUCCCCCUUCUCUGCUUAUCCAAGGUUUGGAGAUCCUUCUAAAUCAGACGCGCUGUGCCAUCUGUCCAUUUAAAGAAUGCAAGAAAUUCUAACAAGAAAAUAUUCAAGUAGCCUACCAAACAAUACUCUCUUCAGAUCCAGACAUUGAUAAAUAUACAAAACCUGCAUUCAGAAAGUAGCUCAAACAUCACCAAAUCAUUCUACGGCCACGCUGUAACAAUGAAGCUAAGAACACUGACCAUCUCAGGCCGUUAUCAAUUUCAAAGAAUAGCAGCUUCCAGCCCACUACUGCAUAAUUCCUAAUAAACUACUGGUCUUUCAGCUGGCCCUCUAAGGGUGUGUACUCUUCCAGCAGUGUGCCUUUAUUCCAUAGUAUGUAUGACAAAAGCAGAAAGAUUAUUAAAUGACUAGUGUGUCUUUAAUGGUUACAACAGGUUUUGGCCAUUAAAAAUGACCUUUAUAAAUCUAAUUCCUGGACUCGGCUUAAUUGAAUUUAACAGUGUUUUUGAUGUAAAUUGCCAUUGCCAGUGAUAAAUUGUGUUAUCACUUGUCAUUUAACAGAUCAGAGGCUGUAGUCGUAGGUGAACACCUUUUGACAUCCUAGAAAGGCAGCUUCUGUGUCAAAUAACAUCUACUGAACAGUCAGUGCUGGAAUUAGGUGCAGCUUUUUGUUGGUAUUUAUACGAUUGAUUGUGUGCAACAAGUGUGCCAUUUUUAUAUCAGAAUAAUGAAAGAAAAUUCUAAAAAGUAUUUACUAGUUGUCCUGUUUAAAUAAACUAAC